GCCUGUUUGUUCAUUGGGGACUGGAUGAAGACGAAGUCAGACGCACGCCAUUUCACACAGAGACAGACCCAGAGACCAGAAACGCCAUGACGACUGAAUACCAUGACAAUGUGGAUGAAGGAAUGAGCAAUUUCUGGAACAAAGAGCCUCGUACUGUCGAUUUCUCCAGGUUCUCCAGGUACAGACGAUGGCUCUUUCCUGCUCUGACGGCUACACUCCUCCUGAUUCUGAUCAUAGCUCUGGGAGCCAGCAACACGUCGACAUGGAACCGGUUGUGGUCUGCAGAGAAAAGUGUUUCUAAUCUGACUGAAUCACUGAGGGACACACAGCAGCUCACCAAAGAUACAGCAAAAGAAGUUUUGUCAAUGAAGUUUGCUCUGGAGAACAACAAGGACCAGCUGGCAUCAGUAUCAGAGGCACUGAGGCAGCUCUCAGUCCUGGACGCUCUCCGCAGGACGGUCGCCGAACUCAAAUGUUCUUUAGAACGCUUGGUCAACAACGGCACGACAGCACACGGCUGUUGUCCUCUGAAUUGGGAUUCUUUCGGCACCAACUGCUACUUAUUCAGCACCACGCCAUUAUCGUGGCACGAUGCCAGAGACUGGUGUAAUGGACACGAAUCUCACUUGGUCAUUCUUCUCACUGACGAGGAGUGGGAUUUUGUGAUCCAGCGUAGCGCGGGCUCCUUGCGCUGGGUGGGUCUGACUGAUGAAAGGACUGGGCGGUGGGAGUGGGUCAACCAGACACCCUACAUCAUGAACCGGAGGCGGUGGAAACCUGGGCAGCCCGACAACUGGGCCCAUCAUGGUCUAGGACCUGGGAAUGAAGACUGUGCUCACCUUCACAAUGAUGGACGCCUGAACGACCAGCACUGCUCCAUCAAAGAACGCUUCAUCUGUCAGAAAGACAACCUGAGAGUCUGAACACACCUGCAGGCCUGACUCCGCCCACUUCAGAUUAUAAGGAACCUCUCCAAUUAAAGCACUGGAUAGAAAAACAAUAAGAACUUCUAAUACAAUCAGGAAAUUCCACUCUGUGGACUUCCUCUUUUCAUGUAGAGUUCUUUCAAAAUAUUCCAGAAUUAAUAAAUGCAACAUAGCCUAUUUAGAAACAGUCCACGUAUCCUAUAC